GUCUCCAUUAUGUCAAACCUGUUAUGUUUUUCUCUUUUCCUCUUUUCCAUUCUGAGUGCAGCCACUUCUCGGUCCAUAAACGAGACCGAAACACAAGCGUUGCUUGCAAUCAAGGCACGAAUACUCAUUGAUCCCUACGAGGUCUUUGUUUCUUGGAAUGGUUCUCGACAUUUUUGCGACUGGCCAGGAGUAACUUGUGGUAGACGGCAUAGACGUGUGACUGCCUUGCGUCUACCGUCACUCAAUUUGGUAGGCGAUCUAUCUCCUUACAUAGCUAAUCUUACAUUCCUUAAAGUGAUCAACGUCGGGAACAAUAGGUUCCGUGGUCCGAUCCCUCGAGAAGUUACUAAUUUGCAUCGUUUAGAGGAAUUGGUUCUUGCCAACAACUCUUUCCAUGGUGAACUUCCAAGGCAACUUGCUCUUUGUUCAAACCUAAAAUUUGUCAACUUAAACCAAAACGCUCUAGUAGGGGAAAUACACGCUGAGCUCGGUUCUUUGUCCAAGCUCCGUAUGCUUCAACUAGCCAUGAAUAACUUCACAGGGACAAUUCCACCUUCAAUAGGGAACAUCUCUUCCCUUCAAUAUCUUUCGUUAAUGCAGAACCAGCUUGAAGGACACAUACCGAUUGAGCUCGGUCAUCUGUCAAACUUGCGAUUUCUUCAAUUGGCUUCAAAUAAGUUCUCUGGUACAGUUCCUAAAGAACUAUACAAUAUCUCAUCCAUUUUUUUCUUCGGUUUAGCUGAUAACCAGUUACAAGGCCAGGUCCCUCCUUAUAUAAGCUUGAGCCUUCCUAACCUUAGGUUCAUUUACCUUGGGAAAAACAAGUUUUCAGGGCCAAUUCCAACAUCAAUAGCCAAUGCCACUGGGCUCAUACAACUCGAUAUGGGUUCAAACGAGUUGUCUGGACCGAUACCGAACUUGGGAAGCCUUCAGAAUCUACAAGCAUUGAAUUUCGGCGACAACUUCCUUGAUAGCUCCAGUGAUUUGAGUUUCCUCAGUUCAUUGACUAAUUGUACCAAUCUUAGUCUCUUAUGGUUAUACAAAAAUAACCUGACCGGUGUUUUGCCAGACUCGAUCGGAAACCUCUCUACAAAUCUCAACCAAUUCCGGAUCGAAACCAACUUCAUAUCUGGUACUAUACCGAAAGGGAUAGGAAACCUUGUAGGCUUGGAAUACCUUGGAUUGUUUGAAAACAUGUUCACAAGCACCAUCCCUGAUUCUAUAGGAAAAAUUUCCAAGUUGAAAUUUUUAUACGCAUACACAAAUAGAAUUACAGGGGAAAUUCCUUUAUCUUUAGGGAACAUGACCCAACUAAUUGCUCUUAGCAUUGAGGAUAAUUUGUUACAAGAAAACAUACCUGUAACAAUGGGUAACUUCAUUCACUUGGAACAAUUGGAUCUAUCUCAGAAUCGUCUAAACGGCACGAUACCAAAGGAAGUUAUUGGUCUCUGUUCGUCCAUAAUAGGCGUUAGCUUUGCUUCAAAUGGUUUAACAGGGACUUUACCAUCAGAGGUUGGAAACUGCAAAAAUCUCAUCUUGUUGGAUGUAUCAAACAAUAAUCUUUAUGGGGAAAUUCCUAGCUCGCUCGAGAAUUGUUUGAUGCUCGAGUUGCUUUCCCUGCAAGGAAACUCUUUUAAUGGAACCAUUCCUUCUUCAUUCAAAAGAUUAAGAAGCAUACAAGUUCUUGAUCUUUCGAAUAAUGAUUUUUCAGGGCGAAUACCGAAGUUUCUACCGAACUCCCUCUUGUCACUGAUCUUAAUCUGUCUUUCAAUAUGUUCGAAGGUGAAGUGGCCAUGAAUGGAGUGUUUGGCAACAUAAGUGCAUUCUCGGUUAUUGGGAACAACAAGUUAUGCGGAGGAAUUAAGCCGCUUCGGUUGCCUGUUUGUCCUAGGGAAACCGAAACGAAAGGGAAGAACUUCCCACAUAAGGUGAUAAUUGCAAUCGCUGUCGUACUCUUUGUUGUUUGGUUCUCGAUAUGUCUCUUCGUGAUCAAACAACGGGCUAACUCGUCACGAAAGAAAGAGGGCAUUGCCUCCCCGUUGGAUAAGAAACACCCGAAACUUUCCUACGCUGAACUCCUUCAUGCGACCGAUGGUUUCUCUUCAGCCAACUUAAUCGGCAAAGGAAGAUAUGGUUCGGUCUAUAAAGGUACUCUAACUUCCGACAGUCAAAAACCCAUCGCUGUGAAAGUACUCGAUCUCCAACAACGCGGUGCCGAGCGGACUUUCAAGUCCGAAUGCCAAGUCCUUAAGAACCUUAAACAUCGUAAUCUUGUCAAGGUCAUUACUUCUUGCUCAAGCAUCGAUUUUCAAGGCAACGAUUUUAAAGCUUUGGUGUUGGAGUUCAUGCCAAAUGGGAGCUUAGAAACCUGGUUACAUCCGAGUUCAACUGAGUUAAACCAUUCAAUGAGGCUAAAUCUAACUCAGAGACUCAACAUCGCCAUUGAUGUUGCUUUAGCAUUGGAUUAUCUUCAUUCCCAAUUCGGCAAACCGGUGGUCCAUUGUGAUUUAAAGCCGAGCAACGUUCUUCUUGACGGUGACUUAACUGCUUAUGUUAGUGAUUUCGGACUAACGAAGUUUCUUACAAUGACAGCUGAGUACUCCAUUGGUGAGCAAAGCAGUUCCAUUGGAAUAAGAGGAACCAUGGGAUAUAUUCCUCCAGAAUAUGGACUGGGAAAGGAAGUAUCCACAUUCGGUGAUGUGUACAGCUACGGCAUCGUUUUAAUGGAGCUUUUUACUGGCAAAAGACCCACUGACAGCAUGUUUACGGGAGAGCUUAGCCUACGUGAUUACGUUAAGGCGGCGCUGCCUGAUCGUGAGGGCGAGAUAGCCGAUCCUUGGUUCAAUUUUGAAAAUGAAGCCUUCGAUCAAAAUGGCCAAAGCAGCGGCGGUGGCACCGGCAACGCUGGGAAAUGGUUGGGCUCAGUCCUUGGCAUCGGAGUCGCAUGCUCUGCUGAUUCACCGAUUGAGCGAAUGAAAAUCGGAGAUGUGCUGAGAGAGCUUGACAAUGUUAGAAAUAGGCUUAUUGGAGAUCACCGGAGAAGAAGAGCGUAGCAAGCAUCAGUGCAUCGAUGAAGAUGCAAUAAAUAACUGCAUGAAUAAUAAAUAUGGGUGAAUGUAGCUGAGAGGCGCUCUAUUACAGAGAACUGAUCAAAUUAGUCCCUCUAUUAUUAUAUUAUAUGGAUUAAUUUACUAUUGUACUAUUAAAAAUAAUCAAAUA